AUGAAGAAAGACGCAAAAUUUAUUAAGAUGAGACGCAAGAUUUGUGAACUUUUGGGUUGCUGGUGUUUGGUGUAUGUGGAAGCAAGAGCCCCAGUAACAAUAGAAACAAAAGUUAAACAAAAUAACUUUGUAAUGGCCCUCAACAUCGCCAAUGAAAGUGAGAAUGAAUCUCCUUUAGAGAGCAGUUGA